GUGGUUGAUAAUAACAUGGGUGGGCUCGAGAGGGCGGUGGUGGACUGUCAGCAGCAGCAAUGAUUUGGGAAAUAAUAUAGUCAAGCAUUAAUGAAGUUAAGUAAUGAUUCAUCACGCCAGGUUUUGAAAAAUAGGGUCAGUGUAAAAGAACCGGAGCUUGACAAGUGACCUUUGGUUGUUUUUUGGCCGGGGACGAGUGACAGAGAGCCGGAGAGGAGACGUUUGCUAGAGCUGUUAGCUCUUUUAGCUUCCAGGAAGACGGACGACGAGAGCCAGUCUGCGGUCAUGGCUGCCCUCGGUAACUCCGGAGCUAUUUCCAGUCCCAUGGUGGUCUUGGCUCCGAAGACUAAAACGAAAAAGAAACAUUUCGUUCAGCAGAAGGUGAAGGUGUUUCGAGCCAGCGACCCCGUCCUGAGCGUCUUCAUGUGGGGCGUCAAUCACUCGAUCAAUGAUCUCAACCAGGUGCCUAUUCCUGUUAUGUUGUUGCCCGAUGACUUUAAAGCAAACACUAAGAUCAAAGUCAACAACCACCUCUUUAACAAAGAAAAUCUUCCAGGACAUUUCAAAUUCAAGGAAUACUGUCCUCAGGUCUUCCGAAAUCUAAGGGAGCGGUUUGGUAUCGAGGAUCUGGAUUAUCAGGUUUCGUUGACCCGCAGCCCCCCGAUGAGGAGUGUAGACGAUCAGGGAGAGGGUCUGCUCCUCAAUUCCUACGACCGGACGCUGGUCAUCAAGCAGAUCUCCAGCGAGGAUGUCGCAGACAUGCACAACAUCCUGUCUGAGUACCACCAGCACAUAGUGAAGUGCCACGGCAGCACGCUGCUGCCUCAGUUCCUCGGGAUGUACCGGGUGAGCGUGGACAGCGAGGAGACGUACCUGAUCGUCAUGCGGAACAUGUUCAGCCACAGACUGCUGGUGCACAGGAAGUACGACCUGAAGGGCUCUCUGGUGGCUCGUGAAGCAAGUGACAAAGAAAGGGGAAAAGAGCUUCCCACCUUCAAGGACAUGGACUUCAGGAACAACAUGCAGAAGGUGUAUGUGACCGACGAGCAGAAGGAGAAGUUCAUGGAGAAACUCAAUAGAGAUGUGGAGUUCCUGGUGCGGCUGAAGAUCAUGGACUACAGCCUGCUGCUUGGGAUCCACGAUGUGGGUCGAGCUGAGCGUGAUGAAGAGGAGGGCGAGGAGGUUUCCAACGAGGAAGAACCAGACGCAGAGAACGGCCUGGCUGCGGGGGCCCCGGUGGGGUCCUAUGGCACCUCUCCAGAGGGAAUCGCUGGGUACAUGUCCUGCUGCAAACCUCUGGGGCCCGGGGAGUUCGACCCCUACGUGGACGUGUAUGCCAUCGGGAACUGCCCAGGAGCCCCUCAGAGGGAGGUGUACUUCAUGGGCCUGAUCGACGUCCUCACUCAGUACGACACCAAGAAGAAAGCCGCUCAUGCAGCAAAAACUGUCAAGCACGGGGCCGGUGCUGAAAUCUCCACAGUCCACCCCGAGCAGUACGCCAAAAGAUUUCGCGACUUCAUCUCCAACAUCUUUGCGUAACACUCGGCUCCGACUGGCUGCCAUUCUAUUUUACCCUCUGACAAAAAGAAAUAGUAUGCACACACGGAUCGUUGCUUAAAGGAUCCGAGGCGGGGACUACUUCCGUUUGUAGCAACAUAAUGUACUACUUCUGACGCAUAUAUUUAUUUUUAAGAUUUAAGAUGCAGUUCUUAUAGAUAUUAAGCACUCUUCAACGGAUAGGUCUGGAGCAUUAGGGUACACGGAAAGAAACUGCUGUUGAUCAGUGUUAGACCACGUCAGUGCGAGAUCAAAUAUUUAGUUUUCUUUUUUGUCACUUUGCUCUUGGAACCCAGGCAUCUCGUAAACUUAAAGGACGGGUUUGACAUGUUAAGAUCAUAGCCUAUUUACUAAUUUUGCCAAAAGUUGGAUGAACAGAUUGAAAUCACUCUCAUGAUUAAGGUUCCUUGUGGAGUUGUUCACCUCUAAUAGCAGUCAAAGAGUCAUUUCUGUAAGAUUUGGUCACAAUUUUGACAAAUCUGCACCCAGUACACAGUGCCAAUGCUAACCCACUACUCUACUUAAAAAGACUGCUAGAAAGGGAAAAUGGAUUUUAACAAUACUGGAUUUAAUAUACAUAAAAAACUUGGCAAAUAUUUAGUGAUGAGAAAAACUCCACAAGGGACCUUUUUUAAUGUGAAGCUGUUCAAGGACAAGGAGAUACUUAGCUUAGCUUAGCAUAAAGACUGGAAAAGGAGGGAAAGGCUAGCCUGGCUCUGUAGAAAGGUAACAAAGUCCUCCUGCCAGUGCGUGAAGAAGACAAUUUAUGUGCACACUGUCAUUUUGUUCAAACAAAUGAGAGAGAACGCAUUUAUAAGUGACGUUUUCCAGGAGCUGUUAGUCAGGUUUUGUUUUCUUAAAACCGAGCCAAGCUAGCUGUUUCCUGUCUUUAUGCUAAGCUAAGCGAACCUGCUGUUUGCUUUAGCCUUUUAUUGGUUUUUGUAUCCUCAUAACCAACUCUCGGUUAAAAAAAAGAAAAGCAAACAGUUCAUUAUAAGUGAAACUGUUCCUUUGGUCCUAGAAUAAUAAUUUAAUGGAGAUCGGUGUUAAAACAAUAAUGGUAGUCUAUAUUCUACAGGUUGAAGCGUAAUAUUAUUUAUCUAUUGAUGCGGGCCAUUUGAAUGUUUAGAGUGCCAAAUGUGUGGGAUCAAAGCUUUGUCCUAAUAGGAUGUGCACCUUGCAUACAAUGAAAUUAACUCUGUGGUGACAGAGCGGAAACUCAAUUAAAAUGGAUCAUGUAUGAUUGUCCUCAAGAUACUACAUUUAAAAGAAAAAAUGUACAGAACAGCAUUGUAAUGGAAAUGUGUGGUAUUUAUCAGAGAGCACAUUAAUGAAUUUGACUUGUAAACAUGUUGGACAGCAGCUCUUAGCUACAGGAGCCUGUGGGGGGGAGGGGACUGGAUUUUAGGAUCAGCCUUUUUUAAUAAAAUACUUUCAUGUGUCGACAUCAAAACACUUCCUGUAAAUGAGCCCCUUAUUCUGUACGGACUCCUUUUUGAACGUGGUGUUAUGGCGAAUGUGAAUCUUUGUGAUGGAUUUAGACGGACAUAGCAAUAGGAACUACUGUCUGUAACAUGUAGAGAUAACUAGAGUACUGUGUAAACACUGAUGACCCUAACACUACAUUUCAGUAGCUUCUGCAGUUAGCCUGAGCAUGGUGGUAUGAUGGAUUAUUUCUGAAUCACUGGCCAGGCCGUGCAGCAGCUCUCUCGUCGGACGCCUCAUCUCCUCGAUGAUUGCACAUGUUGUAUUUUUGAAAAUUCAGCUUUUUGGACCAAAAUAUAUUUUACAAGGAA